AUGGUGUACUUCAUUUCCAUGGUCAGACAAAAGAACUGGCUACAUUUUAAUGGCCAAGCACUCAACAUGGGUGGAAAGUCCACCCAUCGCGGUGGGAAGCUUAUCGUCGGGCGCAUAAGUUUCGUUACCCCUGUUGCCUUAAAUGUUGAGAAAUUUUACGGAAGAGCCUGCGUACCGACUGUGUACUAUCCUCGGAGAGAAAUCACUAACAGCCAUCAAGGCAUGAUUAGUACAUGUGUUCCUAUUCAUGACGUCAAUAACGCUGGUCAUGGUGGGAAGAAGGCACCUCACAAUCAAGUCGCGAUCCACGUGGAACAGCCAUUGGUGAUUGACUUCUGA